AUGCUUAACAACUUGCGAGCUACCUUGGCCAAGUCAGGAUACACAUGCCGAUGCACUUUCCACCACGCGAGCGGGUCGACCAGGUCGUGGGCGGCCGCGUCCAAGUACAUUUUUAAGUCUCCCGUGGGUUGGGUGUCUUCAAACGGGUACAGCUCCGUCCACGACGACGUCGGAGGCGGCACCGCUGGGGUAUGGGACGAAGCAGCCGGCGAUGGCGAUGGCGGCACCAACACCCCAACUCCCCGUUUGGACGAGAUGGCUCGUUGGAGCGUGUCCAGCGUGUCUUGCUUUUCCGAUGGGGACAGAAACGGAAGGGAUUUAAACCGGGGAUCCAACGCACAUACCCGUCGCAUGGGUGACGACUGUAGCGUCGCCUGGAGCAGUGGGACAAAGGCGGACGCGUGGGGUUUGUCCUGGAGGAGUUUCACGACCCCAUGCAACAGUCCAAACGCCAGGGACGCGAGAGGAGGACAUGGCCCAAUAUUGGGGUCGUCGGAGGUGUUGGCGAUUUGCUCAAGCAACGAGUGA